AUGGUCACUAUCACCGCCAAAUCUGAGGCAGCUUCUGCUACUUCCCCUAUUUCUUCCAAUACUAUCACUACUACCCUCAACGGGGUAGGCGAUCCCAAAAAUAAAGAAAAAGAUCUUCAACUUCAAGAAAAAGAAGGAGAAGAAGAAGAAAUAUCCAAAGAAACCAAAGCAUACAACUCCUCCAACGGCGUAACCAGCCAACUCUGCACCUGGAUCGCCUCCCUCCAGCUGGACGACAUCCCAGACUCUGUCCGCACCCGCGCUAAAUACCUCUUCCUCGAUGGCAUUGCCUGUGCCCUCGUUGGUGCGCGCGUCCCAUGGUCGCAGAAAGCAUUUGACGCGAUGACUGCCUUCGAGGAGAGGGGGAAGCAUGUGGUCAUUGGGUAUGAAGAGCGCCUCGGUGCCAUCGCCGCCGCAACCCUCAACGGCUCCUGGAUCCAAGCCUGCGAAGUAGACGACUACCACAGCGUGGCGCCUUUGCACUCCCAAGCCGUGGUCAUCCCUCCUCUCUUCGCGGCAGCCGUCGGUGCGCGGGACCAUCCGACCACCCCGCGCAUCAUCGACGGACGAACACUUCUUCUUGCCUCGGUGGUGGGGUUCGAGAUUGGUCCCCGCGUCGGCAUGGCGCUGCACGGUACCGAGAUGCUCGCGAAGGGAUGGCACUGCGGUUCUGUUUUUGGUGCACCAGCGGCUGCAGGUAGUUCCGCGAAACUCCUCGGUUUGUCAGCGGGUCAAAUCGAAGACGCGAUCGGAGUAGCAGCGACGCAGGCAUGCGGGCUCAUGGCGGCGCAGUACGACGGGAUGGUGAAGCGGAUGCAUCACGGGUUCGCGGCGCGGAAUGGACUGUUGGGAACGAUGUUGGCGUGGGGAGGAUACGAAGGGAUCAAGAAGGUGUUUGAGCGGCCGUAUGGAGGGUUUCUGGCAAUGUUUGGACUGGGGUCGAAGAAUACGCCUAGUUCGAAGCCAGAGGAGGUGGCGAAGGAUUUGGGGACGUUUUGGCAUACGGCGGAAUGGAUUCGGUUGAAGUUGCAUGCGUGCUGUGGGGGGAUUCACGGCACGAUUGAGUGUUUGGCGGAGAUGCAGGAGAUGUAUCCGGAACGACUUGGACGGGAGAAAUUAGGAGAGAUCAAGGAGAUUCGGAUUCAAUUGAGUGAUGCGGUGUUUCAUCACUGUGGAUGGGCGCCGGAGACGAGGCCGCUGACGCCGACGGGGGCGCAGAUGAAUACGGCGUUUGUGGCGGCGUCACAGCUGGUGGAUGGACAGGUGUUGUUGGAGCAAUUUUCGUCGGGGAAGCUGGAUCGGGAUGAGAUUUGGGAGUUGAUCGGAAAGACGAGUUGUGUGCAUACGACGGAGUUGGAUCAGCCGAAUAUUGGGUGCGGUGCGUUGAUUUCGAUCGCGUUUGCGGAUGGUAGUCAGGUUCAGCAUUCGUUGUUGAAGCCGAAGGGGGUGGACGAACCGAUUUCGAAUGAGGAGAUCUUGGAGAAGUUUCGUCGCUUGACAGGAGGGUUGAUCGGGGUGGAGAGGCAGGAGAAGAUUGAAAGAGCUGUGCUGGGGAUGGAGGAGUUGCAGGAUGUGAACGAGUUGAUUGAGUUGUUGAGUGUGAAUGUGGUCAAUCCGUUGCAGUAG